UGUACAUUUGUCAUUUUCUUGUCAAAAAUAACUAGCUAGGGGGUAGGACGUAGUCCAUAUUUUGUGAAUAGAAGUUUUAAAUAAUAAAAUAGAAAAAUGGCUGAAUCUGUAACAGAGCUUCCCAUAAACAUCGAGGAAAGUGUUAAAGAAGUUGUACAAAAUGUAACUGGCAAAGCCCCGUCGAGUAUUGAGGGAGUCGCAAUCGCAUACUUAAGUUUAGUAAUAAUGGCUAUUUUACCCAUAUUUUUUGGCUCUUUCCGCUCUGUAAAAUACUUAAAAGAGCAAAAGGAAUCAGGUGAAAAACAUGAGACGAUGACAAACAAAGAUGCACUAAUGUUCCCACUGUUUGCGUCGUGCGCGCUCUUCGCCUUCUACAUAUUUUUCCAGUUCUUCUCCAAAGAGUACAUCAAUCUACUUCUCACUGGAUAUUUCUUCUUCCUUGGAGUAUUGGCCUUGAGCCAUCUACUUAGCCCAAUCAUAGCCCUGAUCGUGCCCGCGUCGGUGCCGAAUGUUCCGUAUCACAUUCUGUUCACGCGCGGCGAGCGGGAAGGCCGCUCCGACAUCGUCAACUACAAGUUCACGUCGUAUGACGUCAUCUGCCUCGUCAUAUCGCUCAUAUUCGGAGCCUGGUACCUCAUCAAGAAGCACUGGAUAGCAAACAACCUGUUCGGCAUAGCCUUCGCGAUCAACGGCGUAGAGCUAUUGCAUCUCAACAAUGUGGUGACGGGCUGCAUUCUGCUCUGUGGCCUGUUCCUCUACGACAUCUUCUGGGUUUUCGGCACCAACGUCAUGGUCACCGUGGCUAAAUCCUUCGAGGUGCCUAUCAAAUUGGUGUUCCCUCAAGACCUGCUCAUCAACGGGCUGAACGCUAGCAACUUUGCAAUGCUGGGUCUCGGAGACAUCGUCGUACCUGGUCUGUUCAUCGCUCUCCUACUCCGCUUCGACAAGAGUCUGAAGCGCGGUUCAGAGUUCUACUUCCGCGCGACGUUCUCCGCGUACAUCCUGGGUCUCUUGGCCACUAUCCUGGUGAUGCACGUGUUCAAGCACGCGCAGCCGGCGCUGCUGUACCUGGUGCCUGCGUGUCUGGCCACGCCGCUUACUCUCGCCUUGCUGAAGGGCGACAUCAACGCGCUGUUCAACUACGAAGACCAGCCGGCGAUACUGGAGUCCCCUACCGAAGCGAGCAAGUCGAAGAAAUCUGAGUAAAAUCCACGCUUCACACAUUCCACGCACAAAUCAAUGACUCGUUGUGAACUAGGUACCUUGAGCUCAGCGCAUACUGUGGCGGACCUCACCGCAACCGAUUAUAAACAACCCCCUGCUGAAUUAUUCAUAAAUAAAAACCAGUUAAUGCGAGUCGGACUAGUA